AUGUUUUCGUUUUUGUGGAAAGUGCCCGACACGGCUGUUCCGGAUGCAAUAUUCGCUGAAGCCUAUGCAUGUUUGGAGCAGGGACUUUGUUAUGAUGAAGUCAACGAUUACGAAAAUACGUUGGCGAUGUACGAACGAGGAUUUGAGUUGAUCAAGGAAGGGGAGAAAAUGAAAAAUGCGAAAAAGAGCGGUUUGUACAAUCAUUUGAUGGAAGCGAAAAAUAGCGUUGAGCACAGAAUUAAAGUUCUUCGUAAAGAAGGUCCUCGUAAAUUGAACGAAAAUAAAGAGAAGAAUACACUGGAAAAUGUCGAAAACGAGAAACAAGCAAUUCGUUCGCAACUCGAUUCAUUUGGAACCCAAGAGGCGGAUUUGAUCUAUUUUUUGCCCGAUGGCGUUCAGCUUUUCACUAUUGACGGCGAUAAGACGACAGCUCCAACAGCUCCGACGUCGCUUCAGAUUCUGAAGUUUGUGCCUCCGAAUCCUGAAUUCGAUGAGGGAACGCAGGAUGCCGAGGCUUUCAUUCAAGUGGGCCCUUGGGUUUAUCCAUUGAUGAAAGAGAAGACACCGAUUCUGAAGAAUGAAUUUGGAGCCUAUGUUGUCCCAAAUCCCACACCAGAUAGGCCAAACAUGAUGGUAGCUAUACUGAUAUCUCAAGACGUUGAGCCUCGUUUGAUCGAAGAACUCCAAUUGGUGCUGGGUGAAUUUGCGGAUCUUCGAAUUCAGGAAGAGCCAAGCAAAGAAUUGACGAAGGAGGAAAAGUCGAGAAUAAGCAGAAAAAUUUCGGAAUUUCUCAUCAACAGUGGCCAGAAAAUUGCUUGGGGCGUCGAAACUACGACCGUGAAAGUUGUUAGCAAAGUGGAAGACAACGGAGAAAAAUACCGUAGUAAAUUGGAAUCGACCGACAAACCGAUGCAAGUGUCUCCGCUCGUCAAAGGAAGUGUUGUCUAUAUGCAUAAGGGGUCGAAAACCGUGGCGAAGUGCACUCGCUACCUGCUUGAUAAGAUUGGCGAUAUGGGUGUAUCGGUUGGAAAGAAAUUGGCUGACAGUGCGCAAAGGAAAUUUGGGGAUGGAAAAGCUGGAGGAUUGGUGUCUGGAACGAUAGAGAUUCUUGGUGGCGGAAUUACGGGAAUUAGUACUGUUUGGAUAUCGUUAGAAGAAGGAAGCAAGACUUUGUGCAGGAGUAUUGCAAAUCAAACCGUUCAGAAUGUUAAAAUCAAAUAUGGAGAUGAAGCUUCUGAAACCACUCAUCAUGCCUUAUUUGCUGCUGGACAUGGAACCCUUGCCGCUUCUCAAUUAUGGGAUUUGGGACCACGAAGUGUUGCUGGUCGAAUGGCGCGAAAAGCGGGAAUUCAAUUGGUCAGCGACUUGCAUCGCAGCAAACGAGAACCGGGAGAACUUGAAGCGAAAAAAGCUUUAUAA